AUGACAGGAUCAGGCAAAGAGUGUGACCGUGAAUACUUUGGUCCAAACUGUGGGUAUUCCUGUGAUCACUGCCUGGGAUCCUGUGAACAUGGGUGCACACGGGGUUGUCUUCCUGGAUUGUAUGGCACGUUCUGUGACAAGACGUGCAGUGAUAAGUGUGGACCAGAUCCCAACAUCUCUACUGACAAACCUCUACUGGCGCCAAACACUGGAGUACGUGACUGUCACAGAGACAGUGGGGACUGUAUCCACGGGUGUGACGAGGGAUGGUAUGGCCGACAGUGCUCUUCUCUGUGUAGUUCUAACUGUAGAAACUCGAAGUGUCAGUCAGACACCGGGUCGUGUACAGAUGGGUGUGCACGUGGCUUCUAUGGAGAACGCUGUCAUCUCACGUGUAACGUGUGUCUUGGUGGUGUCUGCGAUCAGAAGACUGGCGUCUGCUCCAAAGGCUGCCACCUGACCGGACGAAGAUGUGACUCAACCUGCACAUCCAACUGCUCCAUGGAGGAAUGCCAGAGACUGGAACAGUGUAACCAUGAGGCCUUACGCCGUAUACAAAUAGUCACCCUGGCGACCUCGAUACUGUUUGGGGUUGUUGGUGCCAUUCUGGUGGCGGUGAUGUGUUGCCGUAGACGUGUGGGCAUGGCAAGGAUGCAAAGAGAAAGUCCCCAUGAUGGAGAGCCGGGCUGUCCCAAUGAUGGAGAGCUGGACUAUCAACAGGAGACUAAGAUGGACACACUGGACACCUGUCAGAUGUCGGACAAGAUAUAUCAUGAAAUAAAUGUGAAGGACAUGGGACCAGAGAUAGUGUUUCUGUAGGAACGUGUACAGCAUUAGAUAGUAAUGAAGGACAUGGGUCCAGAGAUAGUGUUUCUGUAGGAACGUGUACAGCAUUAGAUAGCAAUGAAGGACAUGGGUCCAGAGAUAGUAAUUCUGUAGGAACGUGUACAGCAUUAGAUAGCAAUGAAGGACAUGGGUCCAGAGAUAGUGUUUCUGUAGGAACGUGUACCGCAUUAGAUAGCAAUGAAGGACAUGGGUCCAGAGAUAGUGUUUCUGUAGGAACGUGUACAGCAUUAGAUAGCAAUGAAGGACAUGGGUCCAGAGAUAGUGUUUCUGUAGGAACGUGUACAGCAUUAGAUAGCAAUGAAGGACAUAGGUCCAGAGAUAGUGUUUCUGUAGGAACGUGUACCGCAUUAGGUAGCAAUGAAGGACAUGGGUCCAGAGAUAGUGUUUCUGUAGGAACGUGUACCGCAUUAGAUAGUAAUGAAGGACAUGGGUCCAGAGAUAGUGUUUCUGUUGGCGGUCUCUGCAACCCUUGCUUUGCUUCUUAAUACCAUUGAGUUUAACACAUGAUACUGUACGUACUGGCGUAAUCCUGGCGCCAUUGGCUCAAACCUGUUUAAUCUUAAUCAUCACCUUCCUUUAUCUGCAUAACUUUGUAUUAAUGUACGGUGCUGAGUUGCGCCCCUUACUGUAUUAGGAUUCUGGUAUCUUUUGUUCGAACCCCAGUCAGUUCACUCAGAUAAUGAUCCAGUUGCUUUCAGCAUCGUACCCGUGUUUGGGGGUUUCGUAACGGUUGUAUAUAAAUGUAUAUAAGUGAAGGAAAGUCAACUGAUGACCACUUCUCAACUUUGUAAUUAACAACUUUAACAAGAGCAGAGUGACAUUAGGCCACCCACUUUAAGUCAGUGAACUCAAGAUUUGAAACCUGUACGUUAUAUGCUAUAAUUCCCAAACAUUAGACUAUAUACUCGGCAAUAUAUUUAGAAACAUAGACAUGUCAAUAGUUUGGUUGUUUAUAAACGCUUGCCUUUUGAA